UCAGGGCCACCAAAAGGGAGGCGUCUGUGGCUCUAAACCUCCAUAAUUGUCGAUCGAGCUGUUCUUGGAAGCAACCGAGUAGCGAGAUGACAAUUUAUCUUACCCUUCUCCUUCUUGAUUAGUACGACUGCACACAAAGCUUCAUAUGCAGACAGCAAGAGUGUUUUCUCUUGAAUUCACAGGUGCAACGCGUUGAGACACAGAGCAUCUAUAUCAACCGAAACUUUGGACUGAAGGAGAUCAAUCCGCGGAGGAGAUCGGAGCCGAACUCCUCCGCAUGCUGACUGCCAUCCGCCAUGAUUGCUUGAUCUGCCAUACUCUCGACACUCCGUUCUAGGCUGCGUGUGUACCUCUCGAACUGUGCGACAUCUCGACACCUGUAGCAACUCCCUGAACAUUUCUCCACACUCUAUUGUGGGCUGCGUUUGUAACUCUCAAAUUGUGCGACUUCUCAUUUCUCUCCGUCUGAAAUCAGCUCAUCGUUCCCUGUCUAAAUUGCAAAUCUGAGCUCCGAAGACUUGACGCGCUCGUGAAUCUUGCUGUGAUUAGCACACAAACUGCUUCUUAUACCCACGAGGGAAAGCGGCGGCCAGAGUUGGCUCUCUUUAGAAGAAAGCUCGCUUUGUUUGUGUGUGGUCAAAGUCCGCAAGUUAAAGUAUAGGACUCGCCUGUACUUUGACAGUUCAUGGCACCACCUGCUUUACCGGUCGAUCUUGUAGUUUGGAACUAUGUUCUCCCACCUGCUUCUAACCAUAGUAGAGUUAAGAGAUCGGAAUGUCCAGUCCUGACGAGGAAUGGAACGAGAGGAUAGUAAAGUAGCAGCAGGAAGCAGAGGGGUGGAGGGGCGAGCGACCGCUGAAGCAGUGACAACAGCCAGCUGAAUUGUGCUCUGACAACCUUCGAGGUCACAUUUGGUUGCUCUAUUCAUUGAAGUUCCAGACCCCGUCGUGCUGAAUGUGAAGCUGAAUUGUGUCCAGAGAGUGGACAGAUCGUCGAUCCCUUCCAGCAUCGACUAUUGCCGCGUUCCGGAAUUCUUGUCCGAUUACAAUCGACUUUGAGUGCUGAGGCGUCGUGUGGUGCUUACAGGCAGUGGGAGGAGGUGGCACUUGAUGUGUGCCUUCAGGCGAACAUCAAGUGCCACCCCAUUAGCUGCUGUUGCUGAAAUGUUUUCAGAAUCGGCUUGCCUGGCAACGUCGUGCCGAUCUGCAGAAACGUCGGAACACCUAUUUCUGGUGGCGAGAUAGGUGAUGCCGGGAGCUUUGAACUCGUGGACAGUCUGUCAUCUUGGGUUAGACGGACUGCUCACUUCACCAGUGGACGAAGUCACAUAUCAACACUUCAGCGGCAUUUCCUCUUCUUACUGCAGCUAUUCAGCAAGAACCCAAAGCAAGAACCAGGAUUCCGGGCUGAAAGAGUAAAUUGAGCUGACAGUUGGGUCGUGUUCAAAUAGCAGAGAGGACGGUGGGAUGAUGCUGAUGGACUGUGCAGUAGAGUCAAUGUCCUGUAUAGUGUUAGCCAAGGUUCCACAGUAUAGAUCAAAAGUGUCCAGCCCAGCAGUUCAUUGUCUUCAGUGGAGUGGACUGGCGUAACUUGAGUAGAAGCCGGGAGUGAGGUCACUUGAUGCAGCUAGAUUCGCUGUCUACCAGUAUGACUAUACAUCCAGUUUUUUUCACAGCUUAGGGUUCGUCACAUCUGAAAUAUCGGCAAUUUCAUGACAUUCUGCUUCCACAUCGCACCAUCUCUACGAACUUGUCUUUUGGAUUUCAAAGUCUACCUGCAGAGCUAUCAACUUGUCCAGUCAGUUCGGUCACCAGUCCACAUCAAACGCUUCUCUCUCAGAAUCUUUACCGGGAGAGGGGAAGUCCCCUUUGCCACACGGUGUACGAAUUAGCUCAUUGCAAGAAGUCUCAAGACACUACGACGGGAAGUUCAGUUUUCUUCGAGAGAGUUUGCGGAUCGAGGAGGGUGGCUCCUGUAGAGGCGCGGUUACAUUUCGCCAUUACAAUUCUACAGUCGAGGAGAGAGGAGGAGACAAUGGAAGGUGCAGGUGCGUCCAUCGUCAGUCACGCUGCUGAACUUGCGACACGGGACACCUACAAGCAGCUGGAGCUUCCCUCCGCCAUCCAGGACCUUGUACGGCGUCUGGAAGGACAAGGCGAGCCUAUAACGCGGCUUCCCGAUUUAAGCGGGCCAGAAUUUGUGAAGUUCUUUCCGAGGGGUGAACCGCUCUCGGCGAUCACAGAGUGGCGAAGCAAAGUGCGCAUUCGAGUGCUGGAGGCAAUCGGCAGAUGCAACACCCUUGAGGUUCUCUGUGUGUGCGAUAUUUUUGGCGGAUAUGGUCGGGUUGACCAUAUAUCGAUGUUGACGUCUAGCGAGUGGGAUAUGGUUUUGAGAGGUUUCAGGUCUAGCACAGUUCUACGAGAGAUAAGCACUGAAGGUUGUAUGUUGGGUCCAGCUGAGGAACGGGAGAGCUGGUGUUUAAAACUGGAGACAAUUUUGAAAACCUCUAGCGUGACAGUUUUGAGAAUAAUACAUUGCACACUCAAUGCCAGAUGUUUCUCGAUUCUUGCCUCAGGACUGCGAGGAAAUCCCGAUUCGAAACUCCAGUCUUUAGAACUAAGCCACGCGUGGGACUCGAGUGCGUUGAAGCAUGUGGCUGACAUGAUCAAUAGUGCUCCUCUAUUACAAACCUUGUGUAUACGCGGCCCCUUUUUCAUCUCAGAACGAGAAGACGUGCAUGAUGAGAACUUUGGAAUGCUGUCCCAGGCUUUGAUCCAGAGUUCGUCUUUCAAAGAAUUGCGGUUGGAGUAUUUGGACUGGGGACAUGACUUAUUGCUGAGAGCAUUGGCCAGAGCUGAUGGCAACCGAUCCAUUGAACGUCUGGUGGUGCAAUGCAGUAACUACCAUCUUUGUGAUGAAUACGGUGGUUGUUUAAGGAAACUUCUUACUUGCAACCCAUCAUUGAAGGAAGUGGAGGUGAACACCUUGCGGAUGCGUCGUAAGGAAUGGCGCAAGCUCGGCGAAGUCAUACGUGACAAUGCGGUAGCAACAACUAUAUUUAAGUUUGAAAGUUGCACUCUUGUAAAUCGCUGGAAGUCAAUAGAAGCUCUUGCGUGGGCUGCUUGCUCCGAUGUUAAGUUACCCACGGUGGAGCUUCAUAUAGAUUUGGAUUUGGAUUAUUAUGAUUCAUCAUAUCACUAUAACCAUACACAUAUGAUGUUAUCAUUAAACCUAUUAGGUAGGGUACUGCGCGGGGAAAACACAUCUCUAAAAUCUCUGAGUAUAUCAGCUCGUGAUAAAAAAAUUAUCACUUUCAGUAUCCUCCCGAUGGAUGGGAAAUCUAGAGAACCUUCAGUCCUGAAGAGACUGGAAUUAUCUGUUCGAAGCAAAUAUCUUACGGAGGGAGCAUGGGAGGGCCUGGUUUGUUGCAUGCGAGGGAACCACCUCACUCACCUGGAUUUGUCCGACUCUGAACUCCACGAGGGAGCGUUCAGGGACCUGAUGGGGGUCUUGCAAGUGAACUUGGCUCUCCAGGAAAUAGAAGUCUCGCGAACAUCAUGGGCAAGUGACGGAAAGGCGGCGCAGAUUCAAGAGGGACUAAAUCGGAACCAGAAGCGGGCCGUCUAUAUGUCCGCAUUCAGAGAAGCCAAAUUAGCAUUUGGAGAUGCCAAAGCUGGUCGGCUCUUCUUAUGCGGCUCUCCCAGAGCAGGCAAGACUCAACUGCGGAAAACCCUAAUGAGUAUAAAUCAGGGCAAAAGCUGGCUAGGCAUAACCAGUGUGUUCAAUAAAUGGGAUGCAUUGUGGAGGACGAAGGGAAUUGAAGUGGAGGUGUUGCAAAACAACGACAAAAUGCAAAUCUCAGUUUGGGAUCUUGCAGGACAAUGGAUUUUUCAUACCCUUCAAAAUGUACUUUUCCCUCAAACCAACAGUUUUUGUGUUUUUCUUUUUGUGUAUAGCCCUUUCUGUGAAAAAACAUCUUCAUACAAACCAGUCUCUUGUUUCAGACUUGAGUUGGAAGACUGGUUGAGUUUCAUCACAUCCAGCAUUCAGGUCACAGGACAUGAUCUUCCUCAAGUUUUUGUUGUAAUCUCACACAAGGAUAAAGCCAAAUACAACUCUUUGGCUUGGGCUUACCCCAUAGUUGAGAAACUCACCAAAAGAUUCGCAAAUUUUGUGGAUCUUCGUCCCAUUCAAGAGUGUUUUCAUGUGGAUGCUCGGAAGAAAAAGCAAGUCAUCCCUCUCAACUGUCAAAUUUUUGAAAAUUUCAACAAGUUGUUGAAAGAAAAAUCUCCACAGGUUCCCCAAUUGUGUACUCAACUCACCUCCCUCUUGGUUACAAACACCAAGAAGAACAAAAGUUGUCCUCUGUGGGAUUCCAAAAACUUCCAUGAUUUUUGUGCUCCCAGCUUAACACAAUACAUUCCAUCAUCUUCUGCUCAUUCUGAUGAUCAUUCAAGGAUAAUGGAGUCUAUCAUAUCCUAUUUGAAUGACGUUGGAUCCAUCAUAUAUAUCCCCAACCUUGAUUACAUUAUUGUCGAACCGAACUGGCUGACCAAUACUUUCUUAGGUGAGCUAAUAGCUUUGGGUCAACACUUUCAAGCUCAAGAGUGUGAGUACUCUUGCAGAACGAGCUCAUACACAAGCAAGGACGGAAUUGUGAGUGACAGUGUUUUUGCUCAGUUGAUAGAAGAGUUUCUGAGAAAUCAACCAGAUGAACAGAGAGGCGUGGACAAAGAGAAGCUUGAAAACAUCCUUGUCAAUUUAGAUUUGUGUUUCAAGCUCAAAGAUACUUCUCAGUAUUUCAUUCCUUCCUUCAUCCCUGAGCAUGCAAGCAUGGAAGAACAUAAGCAUCAAGAAGGGGCGCACUUGGAAUCCAUGUAUUGGGAAAAUACGGGCGAGACAUCACAAUUUGUUGGCAUUCGGAUUGAAUGCAAAGAUGAAAGAACAAUGUCACUCACUGCUGCUUUUUUUCCACGCUUCCAGGUAAGAUUGGAUCAUGAUUUUAUAUAGACUCUGGAAAUAUUGGAUGACUCCAUUUGUGAUUGUAAUUUGCUUAUGAUGAACAUAAAAUUUACUUUUUAUUUACUGUUAAAAAUUAUUCGAAUGUCCAACUUAAUAAUUACAAAAAUUGCUAUCAUUGUAGAUGUUCAUGAGGCGCAAGUUGAUAUCCGAUAUGCAUGUUUCUGAGAAGACUCUCACUUGCUCUCGACAUUACAUGCGACUUUUCUUGGACGGCAUCAGAUAUACAUCGAGCACGUUCAGAGUGAAAGGUCUCACAAAUACGUAGAUGUUUUGAUGUUAUGCUCAAGGCAUAAGUCAAGGGAGGUGGCUACUAAGUAUGUGAUGAAGCAUAUCGUCCAGGAGUUGAUAUCAUUUUGCGCAUCACCCAAAGGCUGUCCCGGGGUGGCGUUAGUGUUGGGUGUGAUCCAAACAUUUUGAGUGAAGAUGAUGAUUCCGAGUCAACUUAGAGGAGCAAUUCUAAUUGAGAAGCUGAAAUCGGAUUUUAUUUGUAGCAUCAACGACAAACUUCAGGAAAUGCCGUUGGAAAGGUCGGACUUUGUGGAGAAGGAAGAGUUGUUUCAAUAUGAGCAGUGUUGGCCCCCGAUUGAAAGUCACAUGGGCGGAAUUUCCGAAAAAGCUAGGGACUUGUUGUGGGAGAGCGAGGUGGAAGCAGUUGUGAAUGAGAUUCGACAGAAACGAAUUCAACAAUUGAAGACAUUGCAGGAAGGUCUAAUUAGCGUGGACAAUGAUUUGGCUCAGUCAAACCUUGAAGGUGAAAGCAUGGUUAACGACUCGAAUUUGCCCCAAGUGAAAGACUGCAAACCACCUACAUCCAGGUGCUUGAGUCGGGCCAGCACAAGUGUGGAAAGUGGUUCCACCCGACUUGUUUGGUUAAAGAUCGAUCAGCUAGAAGUAAAGCUAGCACAAAAGGUUGAUGAUUUGGAUGAGAGAUUGAAAUCAGUGGAGAGCAUUGUGGAGAAAUUGGACAUGAAGAUGGGCCAGAUAAUCUCUCUGCAGCAAGAAAUGCAGUCAGCGUUGAGUGCCUUCAUGUCUAAAGUGGAUAGAAUUGUUGAGUAUUCUCAAGCACUUUCGCAGUCUAGAACGCCCAAGCGACCUUACGUUACGGAUGAUGUAGGACUUUUCUAUAGGAUGAGUGCAAUUCUGCAUGUUGGGACAACCGUUCGUUUACACUUGAUGUGUGAGUCAGUGACUGGGUUUCACAUAGUCAAAGAUCAAGAAGGUUUGAAGAUUCGCUUGGAUCGGGAAAAUAGCACGUGGAUUCGAAAAACCAUUGAAAUUUCACUCAAAGUCAUGCAUUAUGCUGUGAAGGCUGGACUAGAUGUGACCCUUGGGUUGGGUAAAGCGAUUCCGGAGUGGGAAGAUUUAAAAUCUGAUAUUGUUCAACUAGACAGUAUUAGUGAUAAUGAUCGUAGGGCACUUCUAAAAGGUGGAGAAAGCAAGGAGCUGCAGGAAGCAUGGUUGAGGAUUCAGCAAACUCUUGCGCCUCAGCUUCAAAAUCAUUAUUCAGCAAUCUUCAGGUUGUAUCAGGUGACAUACAACAAAGGUGGGCAUGCAUGGGUGUGCGAGAAGUGCAUGAAUAAAGGCAUUCGUUGUGGAAUUUUGACUAGUUAGAAUUUUGAAGAGGUAAGAAUGCCACUAUGCAAUUGAAAUCAU